CUCUUCUAAUACCACCAUGUCAUCCAUUAGCAUCGUCGUGCAAGCAGUGUCUGAGGCUACCUUGACUAUCCGACAUUUGUAUUAUUUCGUCGGAGCGCUGGUCUUGUACAAAGUCAUUCAUCAACUCUUCCUGUAUCCAUAUCUCUUGUCUCCUCUUCGUUCUGUACCUGGACCGCCGAUUGGCGAGCCAAUUUUUGGACAGUCAAUCAAGAUUUUCCGUUAUGAGACGGGUAUAGUCCAACGGGAAUGGAUUAAGAAAUAUGGACCUGUCGUACGCGUCGUGGGGCCUGUAGGUAUGGAGCGCUUGAUGUUCAUGACUCCAGAGGCCCUCCACCACAUGCUAGUGAAGGAGUGGCUAGAUUGUCCCAGGCCGCAGUAUCUUAGGAAUAUCUUGGGCCUCGUGGCUGGUUACGGCUUGCUCACUGUCACCGGAAAUGAACAUAGACAGAUGCGCAAAGUGAUGAAUCCAGCCUUCUCGAUUCCGAACCUCAUGGCGCAAACCGAUAUGUAUUACGAACCGAUUGAAGGGAAAGUGGUUCCAUCACGUGUUUUAUCAUCUCAACGAUAUGUUUUUACUAGUCUCAUCCAAGUUCUUUCAUCUCAACUUCCCGGUCCUGAAGGAGCAGUUCUACCUGUAUAUGAAUGGAUGAGUAAAGCAACACUAGAUAUCAUUUGCGAGACAGCCUUUGGUUACCAUACCGACUCUCUGCAUAAUCCGCAUAAUGAGCUAGCGGAGGCGUAUGAAAAGCUACUUAGCCUACAAUCAGGUCCGAACAUGGCUCGUCUCGUCCUUUUCGUGUCGCUUCCGGGUGGGGCCAAAUUUUUGUCCUCGAAUCUGGCCUAUAAAAUAAGAGGCAUGUUUUCUUAUAUUCGAUUCUUCGCGCCUCUCACACCCCUAAUCGACUCAACGCACUGUAUAAGAGAUAUUUCGAAACAAAUUUUGGACCAGAAAAUGAAAGAGACAUCUGAAUCUGGGGUCAGUGUGGACGAUACACACACAAAGAAAGAUAUUAUGAGCAUCUUGGUGCGCGCGCGACAAGCUGAUUUGAAUAAAGAUCGGACGGCAUACGCGAUGAGUGAUGCUGCGAUGAUGGACCAAGUUCUGACUUUCCUUGGAGCUGGUCAUGAGACUACGGCGAGUGGGUUGACUUGGACCCUUUGGCUUCUGGCGAAUGACAAAACCAACCAGCAACGCUUGCGCGAUGAAGUACGUCCAAUUAUGGCAGCCGAUCCCAGGCCCGAUUACAAAACAUUGAAAAACAUGCAAUGGUUGGAUUGUGUGGUGAUGGAGAGUUUGCGUGUCAUGCCCCCCGUUCCACUCACAGUUAGAACGACCGCCAAAACCGACUAUAUUGAGGGGGUUCUUGUUCCGAAGGGCACCCUAUUGCAUAUCUCUAUUCGAAACGUGAAUACCUGGCAGACCAUCUGGGGCGAAGACGCAGAAGAGUUCCAUCCAGAACGGUGGUUGAAUUUACCCAAAGCAUACAACUCCACUUUCUCUCUUCUCUCUUUCAUUGCUGGACCGCAUGGAUGCAUCGGUAAGACCAUGGCAAUCGUCGAGAUGAAGGCUGUCCUAGCGGCAUUGAUAACGAAUUUUGAAUUUGAACCUGCAUACGACGGCCAGCAAGCCCGGCCUUCUGCUGCGAUUACGAUGAAGCCUGCGGAUGGAAUGCCAUUGAGAAUUCGCCGUGUAACAUGAGAAGAUUUAUUGCCCUUUGCCUUCUGUAUGAUUAGUAUCUUGUUGGAAUAUAUACGAAUCGUGCCAUGACGGGGGGAGCCCCUAUCUUUCGUCAC